UUUAAAACGAAACCAGGAAGAAAAUAUGCUACAAGUCUAUAACUGAGACUAUUUUGAAGAAAUCAUCCUGAUUUGGAAUUAUUUUUAUUUUUUCUAUUUUCUCUUCAGAUUAUUUAAAAAUAUAUUUUGGCCCGCCUGUUCUGAUUUUCUUUUUUGCCGUUUCCCGCGCACGACUUUAUCGUGAGCCCCCGCGGCGCAUAAUAGCAACCCACUUUUCCUCAAAUCUAACCUCUCUCCGGCGGGUUUGAAUCUCUGGAGUUACGCAACGCCGCCAUCGACAGAACUUUUCUCCAAUGCCGCCGGUGAGUCCACCGCUGCCGGACUUCUCCAGAACCAAACGCUUAGUUCUACUCGUGGAUCUGUAUCCAUUCCUCACUCUCCAAGACCCUACACCCUACCUCCGGGCUGUCACCGCCGUCGCCUCCCGGCUGCUCCGCUUCCCUCCGAUAUCGGAAUCUCUCUCCGCCUACAAAUUAUUUUUCUCAUCGCUAUCUCCUAUUCGCUCCGCCGCUGUUCUCCCACCGCAAUUUUCCCUCUCUUCCCUUUCAUUUAACCGUCCCUCCCAAACCCUAGAUUCCCUCUGCAAUAGCUUGAAUUCGAUUAGCAGCGUCGCUGAUUGGCCAAAUUCGCGAUCCUGUCCACGUGCUUCUUACACGGCGAGCUCGUUGCUUCAAUUAAUACACAGCAGCGCUUGGGACAAAGAGGAUUCCAAUCUUCCAGGUGAGGAGAAUGGCGAUUUUUUUAAAAUACCAUCCAAUUUGGUCUUUCUGAUUUCGCCUAUUAGUUCAUCUGUUAAUUCUUUGGCUGAUUAUUUGGAGUUUCGAGAGUUUGAUGAAGUGUUCAGUUGUGUGAAUGAUGCAUUUGUUGCAAGGGAUAUUCAUCUCUGUUUUAUCGAUAUCAAGAUUGAAGAACAGAAAAUCAAAUGUAUGGAUGAGAAGAAUAGAAACUCUGGCAUCGAAUUAAACUGUUUGAAGGAAGAUCUUAGGAAAUUCGGUUGGGGAUUUUGUUCUAGUGAUGUGAUUGUUUUGGGAUCAGCACUAUUACCUUUAUGUUUAAUUUAUCCGAAAAUUGGGAUGUCCUUCGACAUUCAUAGUUUCGGCGAUUUUCAUCAUAGAGGAGAAUUGAGCCUUGAGAUAUUGGAUGUGAACUCAAAGCCAUUAGAAUGCAAGUGCUGCGAUCUCGAGUUCUUGAGCAUGUCAGGUUCGUCUAGUAGUAUCAAGAAUGAUGACAUUUUGAAUGCAUCGGCGCAUGGAGAUUCACAGAGUUCAUACUUCGGACGAUCAUUUUGGGCUGAUUUAGGCAAAGAAAAUGCUAAGCUUCUUGUUAAAUCUAUUUAUAGAUACGAGCAGUGUGGAAAGAUUGGAGGCUCGAGGGAGACAGUUUUAGUGCGCGAACCCUUUCAUGAGUCGGGGAAGAACACAAAGAAGAGUGAUGGUAACAUUUUGGCCAAUAGGGUUCUUGAAAUUCUGCAGGGAGAAAUGGGUGGAGUGAGCUCUAAUGAUCAACUGCCAAUAUGGCAAAUAUUUUUGAGCUUUCUUCAUGUGAAAGGCUAUUGGGCAAUGGUCGCACUCUCCGGUAAGAAUGGGGAUACAGUCACAGGUUGUCUGAAGCCUUUCACGACUCAUCUUGCCCUCAUCGACAUCCUGGAUGCUGAUGCUGGUUGUGUUUCGAUUGGAGAUGAAUUGGGAUCUAAAUUCUCCAAGAUAGAUGAUGAUAAAAUUCGUGAUACAUGUGAUGCGGGCAUGAUUGAUUCGAACAGUUGUUUUGGUUCACAAACUGAUACCUCAACUUCCGGGAAUUGUGAGCCGCAUAGAGAUAGAAAAAUGACGAAGAGCCAAAGGCGAUUGUAUCAGGAAAUGACAUGGAGUUCCUUCUGCAAGGCGGCCUUUGGUGGGACUAAUUUUGAUUUGUUUGAGCUUUAUAUGGCCCGAUACUAUGAAAAAUCGAAGAAGCUAAAGUUUCUUAAAUGCUGGAUGAAACAAAUUGGUAGUGCCAAUUCACAUUGCUUGAAAACGUCGCCUGGAACCAAGUUUGAGGUAACAUCCUCUUCUAAUGCUUCACCUUGGAAGCCAUCUCCGGCGAAAGAUGGAGCUAUGCCGAUUGCAAAACCAGAGACAGCCGAGACCUUUUUCAACAAUCUAUCUGAAAGAAUCCAACAGGGUUUAACUUCUGGAAAGGAUUUGCAGAAUCUGGCAGAGCGGGUCGUCAAGUCUUCAAUUCAUUGGCUACAACAUAAGUUCAACACUCAAAAUAAUUGUGAAGAUCAACAGCUGAAGGAAAAUCCCGAUGGCUCUGAUAUUGAAUAUGUAAUCGACAAAUUAGCCAAGAUUCUGCUGAAGACACCUAAGGAAAUGAAGAAGAUACACCAAGAUUUCGAUCCCUGUUCAUCGUCAGAGAACAUAGUUAGAGAAUAUGAGUUCCAGAUUUUACUCCGAAUGGAGAUUAUGCAAUCGGAUCUUUCAGCAGUAACGGCGGAAUCUAGAAAACAGAAGAUGCUGAAGCAGAUAUGUGCUCUGUUAGAGAUCGUUCAGUACCUUGUUGCUGGAGGAUUUCAAGGUCCGAUCAGCCUAUACGACUAUGUCGAACGAACUAUAAAAGCAAGGUAUUCAGCCAAGCUUGAAGAUAUUGUGGAAAAGAUUUACGCGAAAAUGGAUUUGCUGCCAUUCGGUGAUGAGGACGAAGCUCCAAGCCACCUCUUCAACAGUGAGGAUAGCAACCAAUCGUGGAGGGACAAGCCAGACAAAACUGAGAGGCGUGAUGCCGGCAUAAGCCAAUCAGUCUCAACCGAAGGCGAUUCCUCUCAUCCAAUCGCCAAUCCUUUGAAUAACUCCGAAAGGAUCGGAGAAGAUGAGCAUGCCAUGAUCCUAAAUGAAGCCCGGGAGAGGAGAGAAAGGGCCAGAAGAACUGCACGAUUUGUCAGCAAGGCGCGUGAUCUUCAAAGAGUGUGGGCGCCAAAACAUUCAAAAAUGUCGAAAGGUAAGCACGACUCUCUUACUAAUAAAUCUAAAAGGAAUAAGAAUAGGCUACCAACAUCUAGUUAUAGCGUGGUAUGCGAAACACCUAUGUCGGGAAAUAAACGAUCUAGAUUGGCAAUAGGUGAGACACAAAAUGAUUCUGGAAAAUCGCCGUUUCCUGUUUCUAGAGCUCUGUUUCAAGAUAGUUAAAAAACGUCCAUCUUUUGCUUAAUCUAAAAAGCUUUAAUUCAUAACUUGAAUAGAAUAGAAUAGAAUCACAUCUUAGUAUUGUUAUUAUUAAUAUUAUUGUUCUUGCCAUUUUUAUUCUUUAGAUUGAACUCUGAUCAUAUGAACAAAUGCUUACAUGAUUCAUUUUCUGUAUAACUUUAAAUCCCACUUUGUCUCUUCUUGUAGUGUGAAGUUUUUAUUGCCAAUAUUUAUCA